GUUCAACCUAUCAUCACAUAACAAUAACACUCAUAUGAUAUAUAAAUUAUUGAAACUUAUAUCGAAUAAACAUUCAAACGCAAAUUAUAGCAGUGAAGUGAUUAUUCGAAGGUAUUUAAUUAUGAAUCGAAUUUUCUGUUUCGUUACGUUUAUCAGUUUGGCUGGAAUAUUAUCCUGUGAGGCACAAACAAACUUUGGAGCACAGACAGCAGAAUGCACAGAUGGACAAACCAAAAUGUUAGAUUGCAACUAUUGCACUUGCAUGGGAAGACACUGGGGUUGCACCGAAAUGGCUUGUCCACCCAACAAUUACAACAAUCAAGGCAAUAGGACUCAACAUUAUCAGCAGCAGCAGCAGCAGCAGCAGCAGCAACAAGAGUGCAGAGACGGUGAAUCAAGACCUUCUGGAGAAUGCAACAGCUGUUGGUGCAGAAAUGGAAGAUGGACGUGUACUCAGAGGCAAUGUCAUCCUAAUUCCACUCCAAGAAAUGUUUACCCUGAACGUGAAUGUGCGGACGGUGACACAAAAAUGCUAGAUUGCAAUCAGUGUCAUUGCAACAAUGGUAGAUGGGCCUGUACCAAGAGAGGAUGCCUGACCAAUAGUCAAAGACAAGGUAGUUCUCAACGCCAGCAACGCCAAUGUAUUGCAGGAGAUAGAAAAAUGGAAGAUUGCAAUGAGUGCCAUUGUGACAAUGGUUUAUGGGCUUGUGACGCAAGGGCAUGUCCUGACAAUAACCAACGACAAGGAAAUCAACAAAACCCCAACUGGCAAGGAUCACAGCAAGAAUGUAGAGUAGGGGAUAGGAAAAUGAUGGAUUGUAAUCAGUGUUGGUGUGACAAUGGUAGAUGGGCUUGUACUAUGAUGGGAUGCCCAAGUCAGAAUCGAAGACCAGGACAAGCACCUACAUGGAAUUCAACGCAACACCAUCAAGAAGAAUGUCGAGAGGGAGAUAGAAAAAUGUUAGAUUGCAAUCACUGUUGGUGCAGCAAUGGCAGAUGGGCUUGUACUUUGAUGGGGUGUCCUAAUCAAUAUCAAAGACCAGGAUCACGACCUACUAGGAGUGUAGAAAAGUGCAGAAGUGGAGAUCAAAAAAUGAUAGACUGCAACCAUUGUUGGUGCGGUAAUGGCGAAUGGAUGUGUACUCUGAUGGCAUGUCCCACCUCUAACCGUAGAGCAGUACGUUCCGUAGAUACAUCACAGCAACAGUGCACAAAAGGAGAUAGAAAAAAAGUGGACUGCAAUAAUUGUUGGUGUGCCAAUGGUCGAUGGGCAUGCACCAGAAUUGGAUGUUUACCAAAAUCAGAUCAUCCCAACUAAGGAAGAAGAAUACAGUUCAGAGAGCAAAAUACUUAUAGAGGAACAGCCGAAGAAAAAAAGUGUUGUUUUUCAAAAUCUAUGAGGAAAUAAAUGUUUCAAAAUGGUC